AUGUCGAUAGAAAUGAUGAAGUCCACCUACCUCUCAGCAAUACCAGCAACUACCGGCAACACCAAACAGUUCAUGGUCAGAUCACAUGAGAGUCAGUUGUACUCGGACACAAUCUACAACAACACCUUCCACCCUCAUCAUUCUACAACCUCAACACGCAAUACAUCCUCAACACCCUCAAGACCCUACACACUUAACGAUCUUACCCUUCAACACCCUACCCCCUCAACACCACACCCUUUCAAUAAUCUACCCCUAAACACCCUACCCCCUCAACACCCUACCCCCUCAACACCCUACCCCCUCAACACCCUACCCCCUCAACAUCCUACCCCCUCAACACCCUACCCCUCAACACCAUACCCCUCAACACCAUACCCCCUCAACACCCUACACCCUCAACACCCUACCCACUCAACACCACACCCCUCAACACCCUACCCCCUCAACGCCCUACCCCCUCAACACCCUACCCCCUCAACAUCCUACCCCUCAACACCCUACCCACUCAACACCACACCCCUCAACACCCUACCCCCUCAACACCCUACCCCCUCAACACCCUACCCACUCAACACCCUACCCCUCAACACCCUACCCCCUCAACGCCCUACCCCCUCAACACCCUACCCCCUCAACAUCCUACCCCUCAACACCCUACCCCUCAACACCCUACCCCUCAACACCAUACCCCUCAACACCCUACCCCCACAACAUCCAACCCCUCAACACCCUACCCCCACAACACCCCACCCCUCAACACCCCACCCCUCAACAUCCUACCCCUCAAUACCCUACCCCCUCAACAUCCUACCCCUCAACGCCCUACCCCUCAAGAUCCUACCCCUCAACACCCUACCCCCUCAACACCCUACCCCCUCAACACCAAAUCACCCUCAACACCCUACCUCCUCCCCUAUUGCCACUUCAAACUGA